AGGGGGGGGCACCGGGCGGCGGCCGAGUUCCACCGGCUGCGGCGUCACUGCGGGCCUGCAACGAACCGGCACCGAACCGGCACCGCCAUCGGCACCGCGCGGGGUGCGCGACGGCCCCCCCCAGCCCCCCGAUGGGCCCCGCCGGCAGCCGCUGGCCGCUGGUCGGCACCGUGCUGAUGGCCGUGACCGCUUCGCUGGUGGCGGGGGGCGAGGACUGCCUGUGGUACGUGGACAAGAACGGCUCGUGGCAUCCCGGCUUCGACUGCGAGGCUCUGUCGUUCUGCUGCGGCUCCUGUCACCAGCGGUACUGCUGCUACGACCCCCUGCGCCUCCUGACCGAGCGCCAGCAGCGCCACUGCCUCGCCUUCAGCCCUAAGACCAUCGCGGGCAUCGCCUCGGCCGUGGUGCUGUUCAUCGCCAUCGUCACCACCAUCGUCUGCUGCUUCAUGUGCUCCUGCUGUUAUCUGUACCAGCGGCGGCAGCACCUCCGCACCCCCCUGCAAGGCCCUGAGAUCCCGCUGGCCAGCUAUCCUGCACCCCCACCUGCUCCCUUCCCUGUGGACCCCAAAGCCGGCCCCAUGCCCCCCCAGCCCGGCUUCGCCCCCAUGGCCAUGUACCCACCCACCGGCCCCGCCGCCCAGUACCCGCUGUACCCCUCAGGACCCCCGGUCUACAACCCUACAGCACCACCACCCUACGUCCCCGCACAGCCCAGUUAUCCCGGUGCCUGAGCCCCCCUGGGGACUCCUGUCUCAAUGGUGACACCUAUAAGGGACACAGCGGUGGGGGGGGGGAGGGGGGGUCCUGCUGUCCCCACCCCAGGGCCGCGAUUCUGCCCUGCGAUGCUCAUGGAAAUCUCUGCCCCCCGCCCCCCCGGCCACAGCAGGGACAAGCAGCACAGAGGGCCUUUUGUCCCCACUCCACACACUGGGCCCAUUGUGGGUGCUCUCGGGGGGGGCCAUGCAUGAAGGUGGGGGCAGCGAGGCCGGGGGUCCCCCUGCCCUCCGGCACCAGAGGGGAGCCGUGGUCCAAACGGGCAGCAU